AUGACCCAGCCUCGUGCAAUCACGGGCCGAAGAGACUCCAUAGCAAAACUCACGCGUUCACUGUUCAAUUCCAAAACCAACUCUCCUCGUUCAUAUUCUGCUCUGAACCUGUACAAGAGAAAUGCUUCCUUCUUGAAUCAAAUCGGAGGUACUCCAAGCUCAUUGCAUUCAUCGGAAAAUGUCAUUGAGGACUCGAGCCACAGCGGACGUUCAAACAGUCCCAAUAUUGAGGAAAGGGAUGGGGAAGACGAGCCUGAUUUGACUCUGGGAAUAAAGGACCCAAAAGUGUUGCAGACGGUUGCAAAACACCUAAACAAUUCUCAUGAGGACGGUCUCGCUGCUGAGGGUGCUGACAUCACUAGAGCAUUAUACAAGUUGAGCAACGACUCGAGACCUGGAUUGAAGAGAUCGAAAUCAGAUCUGCUGUUAGAACCAGGUUCAAGAAGAGGCUCCACUGCCUCGCACUUGAGGGUGCCUGGAGGUUUCCGAAGGCACUUUAUUUUGGCCAAAAACAAGAGAACUCCAAGUUUAAUCACAAGGAACUUUGUUGAAUUUCUAAGUAUAUAUGGACACUUCGCCGGUGAGGAUUUAGAGGACGAGGAGGAUUUGGCUUGUCACUACGAACCUUAUUUACCUUACGGAGAAGACACCCCACUUCUUCCUUCUGACGUCAACCCAAAUGGUACUGCCUCUGAUACAAAAGCAUACUUCCUCCUUUUGAAGGCGUUUGUUGGCACAGGUGUCCUCUUUUUACCCAAAGCAUUCUCAAGUGGUGGGCUUUUGUUCUCCGCAGUGGUCUUGUUUCUCUUUGGCCUUCUUUCCUUUUGGUGCUACUAUAUUUUGGUUCAGUCCAAAGUGGCCACUAAAGUUUCUGGUUUCGCUGAAAUUGGCUUGAAGACAUACGGCGUCAAUCUCCAACGGUUGAUCCUAUUCUCGAUCAUUAUUUCUCAAAUUGGGUUUGUGGCCGCUUACAUCGUAUUCACUGCUGAGAAUUUGCGUGCUUUCUUGGUGAACAUCUCAUCUUACCAGACGAGGGACCUUGACAUUUUCUGGUUUAUCUUGUUUCAAGCGGUGAUCUUGACACCGCUCUCCAUGAUUAGAGACAUCACAAGGCUUUCUCUUCUGGCCCUCUUGGCCAACAUAUUCAUCUUUGCUGGCUUGGUGACUAUCUUAUACUACACCAUUCGACAAUACUUUCAAAAUCACUUGAUCCCUGGAGAAGGCAUCCAUUUUUUCUUUAAUAAGUCCGAGUCGUCUUUAUUCAUUGGAGUCGCCAUUUUUGCAUUUGAAGGUAUUGGGCUCAUCAUACCCAUUCAAGAGUCCAUGAUCUACCCUAGUCAUUUUCCCAAAGUAUUGUUAUCGGUGAUUUUAACGAUUUCAUCAAUUUUUGUCUUUGUUGGUUCCAUCGGUUAUCUUACCUACGGUAAGAAGAUCCACACCGUCAUUUUACUUAACAUUCCCCAGGAAUCACCCACGGUUAUCAUGACACAAGUUCUUUAUGCAUGUGCCAUCCUUUUAUCGACGCCAAUUCAAAUCUUUCCCGCAGUACGUCUCAUCGAACUGAAAUUCUUUCUGCCCCACAAGUCCGGGAGAUAUUCGGCUAGAGUAAAGUGGCAGAAAAAUCUUCUUCGUUGUUUGUUCGUUCUCACAACUGCUACGAUUGCAUUGUACGGAGGCAAAAACCUAGACAAGUUUGUCUCCUUUGUUGGUUGUUUUGCUUGCAUCCCAUUGGUUUACAUGUAUCCGCCAAUGCUUCAUCUCAAGACCUGCUGUCAGACAGAUUGCGAGGACUGCUUCACGGUAAAGCCUGAUCCAGACGCUACCAAAAAGAGAUGGCUAGCCCACUUAGACUACUUCCUUAUUCUCCUUGGAGCACUCGCGGUUGUCUAUACCACAUACGAUAUCUUAGCUCAUUAA